CCGCCCAUCACGCUCUCUGACGCGGCGCUGGCCCACCUGAAGAAGCUGCGGGAGGACAGCGGCGACAAGCAGCUGCUGCUGCGCAUGGGCGUCAAGUCGGGCGGCUGCAGCGGCAUGUCCUACGUGAUGGACUUUGAGAAGGCGGAGAAUGUGAAGAAGGACGAUGCGGUGAUGGAGUACGACGACGGCGCCUUCAAGCUCGUCUGCGACUCCAAGAGCUUGCUCUACCUCUUUGGCCUGCGCCUGGACUACUCCAGCGCGUUAGUCGGAGGCGGCUUCCAAUUCCUGAAUCCAAACUCUACGGCUGAGUGCGGAUGGUGA